AUGUUGUCGAUUGGCUUCGAUCAUUAUGGGAUUGAGAUGAAGGCUACGAAAAAGGAUGGCUUGGGGACACUAAUUUAUGGUCAAAGUGGUUUAGCUAUUUUAGUUCAUGGUUUUCCUAGUAUAGUUGGAUUAGGUUGGGGGAAACCAUCCGAGAGGAGGCUAUUAGGCUUUGUUGUUGGGGAAGAUGGGAGACAGAAUGCUACUAUUUCAGUUUAA